AAGCUAAAAUUAAGUUUAAGAAAGCUACUUCUAGUUUCGUUGCGAAACCUUAUGGUACAGGGGACGUUGUUGGAGUAUAUGGCUACUUUUCUAUUGCUAUUUUAAGUUCUUCGAAGGAAAAGAGAUUCAUGUGAGAAUGACAUGGUGAAGGGAAGGGACAAUUCCAAUGCCGAUGAACAUUGUUCUGUGUCUACAACUACUUUUUAAGGAACCCCAAGCUCAUAGUAUAUGCAACAGAAAUUCUGGAUACAACAAUCAAUGGAUCUGCAAAUUUUUAAGCGACGAUGAAAAGAAUGGUUCAUCGAUAGGAUAGAUCUAUUGCAAUCAGGAGGAAGAUUUCAUUUGUGUAUUUGUUUCCGUUGACAAGCAUGGCUGGGACUGGGAUUGGGAUUGGGAUGGUGUUGGACGUUCUUAAGAAAAGUCCAGCAUUUUCCAUUCACUCGUAUACACAUUUUUCAGCCACCACAGCUGCCGCCGCUGCCGCCGCCUCAUCCUUGGCAUUAUAUCCCCACUGCCCAUCUUUUUCUUCACAGUUUUUCUUCAGUGGAGCAGGUAUUGCUUACUGUGAUGCUGCAGUGGUCCAAGAUGAAUUUGAAUAUAUAUCAAAUCCUAAUGAUGGGUACACUGGUCCUACAAUUUCGAGCAAUGUUAGAUUGAAGACUUACAAUGUUGAAUUGAAGCCACUUUUCUCUGCAUUCGGUUGGAAGACACUGGGAUUGACAACACUAAGAUCUCUUUUGAUAUUUUAUUUGCCUCUUAUUGAGCCUAAAUUUGAUGACGAUGAUGACAGUGACUUGGAAACUUAUCAAGAUGCACAACAAGAACAGCCACCUGUGGAUUACAUUGUUCCUUUCAAGAAGUCUGUCAAGCAAAUUUGUCGUGAGACUGGUGUGCUUACAACAAGACGAGUGCUGGAAAGACUUGCUGUGCAGUAUGUUUCCCAGCGUGUGGCAUGGAAACUUCUUAAAGAUCUUCCAAACUCAGCUCAGCGUAAAGCUCGAAGAAAUAUGUCAUCCUUCCAAUUCUUUUUCUGUGUCAGCAGAUCAACUUUUAGAGGGCAUCUUCUAGCAGUUGCAGCAUCAUGGCUUGUUCAGGUGGGUAUGGAAUCUUAUCAUUUCAUAUCCGACAUUUACAAUGACGAGAAUGAGAGCAGGGAUAGAAGAAUUCAAAGGUUCAGAAGAAGAAUUCUGGGCACUACAGUUAGAUGUGGAGUUUCGUUGAUAUGUGCAUCCAUUUGUGCUGGUCUAGGGGCAACUAUUAUCCGUCCAUCAACUGGACAAUGGAUUGGUUGUGCGAUUGGAGAUACUAUUGGCCCAGUUGUUUGUGGAUUCUUAUUACCAAACCUUGACUAAUUCAGUUUCUUUUCAUCAACUUCACCAUUGAUACACCUAACUGCCUUUAUUUCAAUUUCAGGAAAAUUUAACUACUUAACCUUGUUUAAUGUAUUCUUGUUUCUAGUUCUCGUAUCUCUUCUUUGGAAUAAUGCAAUUUGUGCAUUAUUGUAAUCCACAUAAUUUGACAUUUUGAUGAGAUUCUUAUGUCUCCAGUAUUUCAAUUCCUAUAGAGGAUUGGAUGCACAAUGCGAUUUAUAGGCAUGAUAAAGGGUUGGAUGCAAUAUGUAUUUGACAUUUUGCUAAGAAAUUUCCACCCUCAGUUCUAUUGAUGUAAAUGCUCAAGGAGAAUGCCUACAAUGGAAUUCGAAGUUGAAUUGACAAAAGAGGUGACAAUGUUUGCAAAAGCACAACCUCUACUUUUGUUCAUUUCUACUUCUGAAAAAAUUAGUAGGUGUUUGAUUGGAGCACAGAAAACAAUAUAAAUAUAUUUAGAACAUUUCAAAUGAAGAACCCAAUUCUUGUUU